CGCGGAGGACGACCCCGCGUCGGGCAAGCCAACCGCCCGCCAGCUGCGGCGGCACUUCGUACAGAGCAUGGUGCCAAUGGUCGGCUUCGGGUUCAUGGACAACACGGUCAUGAUCCACGCUGGAAACGCGAUAGACCUCACCCUGGGCGUCACCCUGGGCCUCAGCACCUUGGCGGCGGCCGCCUGCGGCCAGAUCUGCAGCGACGUGGCCGGGGUGACGUUCGGGGGUGCCAUCGAGUCCGCCGCCAUGAAGCUCGGGAGCGGGCCGCGGUGCCGUCCGGGCCCCGCGCCCCCCUGGGCCACCUCCUCGCAGCCCGGCGCGCCGGGGAGGAGCGCCAGCCUGUGGACGAGGCUGCCGUCCCCGGGCUUCACGGAGGAGCAGAGAAGAGAGUCCAUCGUCAAGCGGCUGCACAUAUUGGGGAGCGUGGUCGGCGUCAUCUGCGGGUGCUCGCUAGGCCUCGUCAACCUGCUGCUCAUCGACGCCAGCGAGGCCAAGGAUCGUUCAAGCUCUCCGCCGCCGGCUCCGACGGCAGCGAUCCACCGUCGCGAUAACCAACCAGGAGCGCGACGAUUGCACGGCCAUCACUAUAGAGGGGCCGGCCACGAAGGGCCUCAUGGCCUCCGUGGUCACGGCCCUGAGCAGCGAGAACUGCACGCUCGCGGAGCUCGGGC